AUGGCAUUCCUUCGUGCCCUGUCCUUACUUUACUUAUUCACUUUCAUCAGCCUUACUACCGCAGUUACCCCUCUUCAACCUUCAAUACGGAUUCGCAAUGCACCUGGAACGGACAGUUCAGAUACCUAUCUUUCUGUCAAACAUGGCCUAGCUGCUGCUAGCCUUACCAAACGUAAGGGAUUCAAAGCCCAGUUACCUCUGGAAAAGAGCUGGAAUGGCGCUACAUUGCUAUCUAUACAACUAACUCAAGACAUUCCGCAAAACCGUCAGAACAAAAGCUUGGAAGUUCGCGCUGGCAUCGAAAUCACCUGCAUGACUUGCUACGUCCGUGGGCUUGCCACUGCUGAACUUACCAUCGGUGAGAAGUUCAAUGCUAGCCAAGCCUUAGCUGCAACAACAAGCUCUGUUCGCGACAAUGUCAACAACUUUACUAUGACGUUUGAAGAUUACCUUGCAAACUACACAGGCCAAGUCUUGCGGAAGUUUGGAGACGGCUUCGACUGGGCGGACUUGGAGUUUCCGACUUUUCCGUUCACAUUCGAUCUAGAUGUCCCCGAGAUACCCGAGUGCAAAAUCCAAAUUCAGUUCGACGGCAUGGAGUUAUACAUGGAACUCAAUACCUUUCUCAACGUUGGGGCCACGUACGAGAUCAACCUAUAUGCAACACAGACUCCCAUUGGCAUAAAGGUUGGGCCGAUCCUUCAGCUCGGCGUUGUGCUCUCGGUCGACUUAAUCUUGACCGUCGAUGGCGCAAUUGACAUUAGCAGCGGGUUCCACAUCAAGCUUGAUGAUGGAGUUGCAAUGGAUAUUACGCUAUUCGGUGAUAAAGUCUCAAGCAUGAUCUUUAACGGCGGACAAUUUGAGUUUUUGCCUGUAACUGUGAAGAGCGCCGGUGUGGCCAUCUCAGCAGUCCUCCGCGUUGGCGUUCAUUGCGGCAUUGAAGUGACUUCGCCGAAGACACCAAGCUUACAAGCGCUUGGCCCACAAUUAGGCCUUCCUAAAGUUACCGCCGGUAUUGAGGUAGCGGUCUUCGCCCACGUUGCGGAGUUCAUCACUAAUGUAACCUACAACCCCAAAGAUAAGGAUUGCGCAUUGAUAGCCAUUCAAGAGUAUAAUUUCGCUUUGGGUGCAGUAGCUGGUGCAACGGUUCUAGUCGACGCACCGGCAAUAGAGAAUAUGACAUGGGGUCCAGUUAUCGAAGCAUCGACAGCUAUCUUCACAACUACACUUGCGGAGGUAUGCGCCAGUCAAGGUACGACAACAACUACGCCUGCCAGUGUAACAGCUGUGCCACAGAGACGAAAAGAUCUUACUACGACGACUAUCAGCACUGUCAUUAGCACGAGUGGUGUCCGUUGCAUGCUUACAGGCGUAGCGAACUGCCCGGCAUCUGCGCAAUCCACCACCAAAACCAAGUUCACCAAGACACUCGUGACGGCUGUCCCCUCCGGUGUGAAAGCCACGUUUCCUGAAUCGAUACUGAGCAGCGUUCAGAGCACCAUUCGGUUUGGUACACGCGCUAAAACCAUCAAAGCUACUUCCGGAAGCCCUACUGCAUACACUGCACCGCCAACAUCGACUGACGACGUCCUUGAAUCGGGCUCUGGUUUGCCGGGUGGUCAACUUCACGGCGUUCGUAAGCAAAUGGUUGUAGGUGUCAGUGUUGGACUGGGAGUGCCAGUGCUACUCGCCCUUAUUGGGGCAAUUUUGAUCUACCGGCGGCGUAAUAAGGAAUAUGAUGCGGUAACGACCACUAUUCCUGUCAUGGUCGCCGAUCCUUACAUCGGAAAUAACGACGAUGCCACAGAGUUGAAGAAGCCGGGCGUCGAGUCCACUGAGAUAAGGUCGUACUGA